AUGGCUUUUACAAGCGCCAAGCAAUGUCAAAAACGCGAAGAAACAUGGCGGAACCGUUCUUUUAAAAAUAUAAAUUUGUCUCGCAAGCUGACCUCCUCGUUCAGGGAGCAUCCGAACGUUCCGGAAAGUGCUUGCUCGGUUAACUGGUCCGAAAGUGAAAAUUUAAAAAUAGAAAAGUUUUCUGCUAAAGUUAAUGAGCUGAUAAAAGAGAAUCAAAAGUCCGUUUUAGAUUUGAACUUGAAGAGGAAAGCUCUCAGAAAAAUUUUUGACUCCAUCUGCUUAUCAAUCACUGGCCUCGAUAAAGCUCUCAAAAUAAACGAAGCAAGUCUUAGCAAACGUCUUAAGAGGCCUUACUUUGAAAAGUUCAUACCUGACUGCCCAGAGAGUUACUUGAAUAUUGAGAAUGUGAAAUUGAAAGAUCUGAGAUGUGUUUUGCUCACAUUGAGAGAUGGAGUUACUGAUCAAUUGAAGGUUUUCAACUCAUUACACAUUAGAUUGAAUGAUUUUGUUGAGAAAGUCAAGCUAAGAUCCAAAGUGUUUAAUAAAAGAUUCAAAUAUGAUGUUCAUAAAUGCCAAACACGAGAAUUUUUUUGUCCCUAUUCAUCUGAAAAAUUAGACUUUGAUCAAAAUGAGUUGGACCAUUUGACAAAAUUUUAUUGCCUCUUCAAUGAGGAAUUAAACAUGGUCCUACAGAAAAAUGAAGAAUUUAAGAGGAGAGUUGAAAGUAUUUUACAUGAAACUCUAUCAAACAGAGCAUUCCUCUUCAAAUUUGUUAAUGAAAAAAUUGAGGAAAAAAUGAAAAGUACUCAAAUGAUGAAGAACUGUGCCCAUCUGAAGUCCUACGUUGAAUCUACCGGUAAUUUGUUGAAGCUCACUAAGCAAAAUUCAGAAAAGCUAAAAUUGGACCACUAUUACAAAUUGAAAGCAUUGAGUGUGGAUGAUCAGGUUUUGCACUACAGGAGAGGACUUUGCAAAACGAUUUGA